AGUCCGCGCGUCGGCGCCGGCGCCGGCGCCAAGGGGCGGCCCCCAGCCCCACCGAGUCCGCCGCGGCGUCCAGGGUCGGGAGCAACCGCAGCCGAGCCCCAGCUAGCGGGCGGCGGCGCCAUGGCGUGCGUGGGGCUGCUCACCGUGUGCCUGCUCCGGCCGCCCGCGCCCCAGCCCCAGCCCCAGCCCCAGCCCCCGCGGCACCCGCAGCUCGCGCCCGACCCCGGGCCCGCCGGACACGCGCUCUUCCAGGACGUUUUCCGCAGAGCAGACAAGAAUGAUGAUGGGAAGCUCUCAUUUGAGGAAUUCCAGAAUUACUUUGCCGAUGGGGUUCUCAGCCCGGGGGAGCUGCAGGAACUGUUCAGCGGCAUUGAUGGGCAUCUUACCGACAAUUUAGAAACGGAAAAACUGUGUGACUACUUCGCAGAGCACCUGGGUGUCUACCGGCCGGUGCUGGCUGCAUUGGAAUCGCUGAACCGUGCAGUGCUCGCUGCCAUGGAUGCCACCAAGUUGGAGUACGAGAGGGCCUCCAAGGUGGACCAGUUUGUGACGCGCUUCCUGCUGCGGGAGACGGUGAGCCAGCUGCAAGCCCUGCAGAGCUCGCUGGAGGGGGCGUCAGAUACCCUGGAGGCCCAGGCCCGUGGCUGGCGGUAUGUAAGGGCGCUGCUGACCUGCAGGGCUAGUGCACAAGCGCCCACUGUACCCCCAUUCCAAAUCCCCACAGUCUUAGCAUCCUGGAGCCUGUAUUUUUGGGCAGGGAAGCCACGGUGGGGUGAGAUGAGACUGGCUUUGGCGCUAGGCCUCGGAGUCCCAGGAGGCCUGUUUCCUCACCCAGGCCUGUCCCGUCCUGGGGUCCCAGUCCUCGGCCCUGUGAGCCUCACUUUCUCUAGGUCAGAUGCAGAGAGCACGGAGGCGCAGAGCAGGCCCUGCGGCAGCCGGCGGACAGGACGCCGGGCCCUGAGGAGCGUCAGCCGGUCAUCCACCUGGUCCCCCGGCUCUUCUGACACAGGGCGCAGCUCAGAGGCUGAGAUGCAGUGGCAGCUCCAGGUGAACCGCCUCCAGGAGCUCAUCGACCAGCUCGAGUGCAAGGCCCCCCGGCUGGAACCCCUGCAUGAAGAGGACCUGGCCAAGGGGCCUGAUUCGCACAUCCUCGUGGCCCAGAGGCAGGUCCAGGUGGCAGAGGAAGGCCUGCAGGACUUCCACCGAGCCCUGCGCUGCUAUGUGGACUUCACAGGGGCCCAGAGCCAUUGUCUGCAUGUGUCCGCCCAGAAGAUGCCGGACGGUGCCUCCCUCACCCUGUGUGAGUUCUGGCAGGAUGAGGCCUCCUGGAGAAGGCACCAGCAGACGCCCUGCAGCAAGGCCUUCCAGCGCGUCCUCAUCGACCACCUGCGGGCUCCGGACACCCUCACCACUGUGUUCUUCCCAGCCUCCUGGUGGAUAAUGAAUAACAACUGAACCAGACCUUCACACACGCCGAGGACCCCGGGACCCUGCCUCCCUCCCUCUGGAGCCUUCUGCACUGGCCAGCCCACCCAGCGCAAAGACCAGGGCCUGCCUCCUCCUGGACCUGGGCCUGGUGGAAGGGCUCUCAGCCCAGGGAUCAGGGACUGGGCUGCUUGCUUUCUAUUUGUUAUUGAUUUAUUUAUCCAUGUAUUUUAUUGUUUGUCACUUCAGCCUCCAAGCUACUUUGGCUUCUGCCUGGCUCAGGAGACCUGGAUUCUGGUCUCUCCUGGCUGAGCGACCCAGGGCAGGUUCUGUCCCUGUGUGGGUGGGCCUUGGGCCAUCUGGCUGCCUAGCAAGGCUCCUGCUUUCUUCCUGCUGGCUUGGGGCCAGGCUUCUGCUCCUUUCCAGCUAGCAGCAGAAGCAGGGCUGAUGCUCAGGGACCCAACCCCUCAAACCUUGCCCCUGAGGCUGGGCUGGACCUGGGUGCCCGUUGCCCUCCCGGGCCACUAGGCUCUGACUCUUCCAGCACCCAUGGAUGUGCCAGAGGCCUUCGGGUUGGUUUGCAUGCCAUUUUCUUAUCAUUUGCAUGCCCUCACCCCACCCAUUCUCAGGGCACUGUGUCCUCCUGGAACCACUCUAUGUGGUUCUCAAGCCCCAAGGUGACCUGGCCAAGUAGCAAUAAUUUGGGCCCAGGGUCACCUGUUGCCCCCAGAGGCCUCUGAAGCCCAGGCUGGGACCCCAGCACAGAGGCAAUAAAGGCAGUGGUCCCUUCCA